AAGAAAACCUUUUAUCGACAAUGAGUAUAUGCGUCGUUGGUGCCGGAGUCGUCGGUCUGACGACCGCGCUCGAGCUACAGCGUGAGAUGCGGAACGCCAAUGUCACCAUACUGGCGGACCGGUUCGAGCAGGACACGUGCAGCGACGUUGCGGCUGGCCUAUUUCGCCCCGGAACUAGCUUUUCCGGCCCGACAGAGGAAAUAACCAGGAAAUGGAUUUCAGACGCGUACAACCACUGGGACGAACUUCGCAAGACGGAACAUUCAGCCCGUGCCGGUGUGUGCCAGUUGUCGGGCUAUAUUUUUUCCAGCCGAGAUCCUGCCAUUGUUAGGAAUCACUACAUCGAAAAGGUCUUGCCGAUGUAUCGUGCUGCGACCGAGCAGGAACUUCAAAUUUGUCCGGGCGAAUGGAAGUAUGGAUCGUUCUUCACCACCAUCCUUACCGAGUGCCGACUGUACCAACCGUGGGCGACCGAAAGGUUUCUUGACAAUGGAGGACGGAUUGUUACCGUUGCCUUGAACAACUUGCAGGAGCUGCACGGCAAGUACGAUGUGGUCGUGAACUGUACCGGGCUCGGGGCCAAGCGGCUGUGCAACGACCAUAAAUUGGUUCCCAUCCGAGGGCAGGUCAUAAAGGUACGCGCUUCGUGGGUGAAGACGGCAUUCUAUGCGGACUUUGAUACGUACAUUAUUCCGGGCAUUCAUGGUGUAACGCUCGGUGGAUGCCGUAAUUUCGAUAGCUAUAAUACGGAGGUCUCUCGUCACGACUCGGCUGCGAUUCGGGAGCGGUGUGAAGCGUUGCUGCCGAGCUUGAAAGGGGCACCCGUUGUAAGGGAGUCUGUUGGGCUGCGACCGCACCGUGAUCCUGUACGCGUUGAAAUUGAAUUACUGUCUACAUCAAACGGAAAUCUGCGCGUGGUGCAUAACUACGGCCAUGGGGGAUACGGGGUGACGACUGCACCGGGGACGGCAAAAUAUGCUGUCCAACUUGUAAGGCAAGCACUGCAAUCCAACAGCAAACUGUAA